AGGCCGCGGGGAAAACGGGGCGCGGCCCCAAGCGCGCGAGCCCGAGCGCGGACCCCCUCCCCGGCAGGACCGAGCGCCGCAGCACACGCCGCCCCGCGCUCCGAGCGGACUCUGGAGCUCGCCCUCGCGGUGUGCGCCACUUCGUCGUUCUCGGAGGAGGAAGGGCACCUCUAAGGUGGUUAUGGCUCUACAGAGGACCCAUUCACUGCUUCUGCUCUUGCUGCUGACCUUGCUGGGGCUCGGGCUGGUGCCGCCCUCCUAUGGCCAGGAUCGCAUGUACCAGCGGUUCCUGCGGCAGCAUGUGGAUCCCCAGGAGACAGGUGGCAGUGAUAACUACUGCAACUUGAUGAUGCACAGACGGAAGAUGACUAGUCCAAGGUGCAAGCCCUUGAACAGUUUCAUCCAUGAAGACAUCUGGAACAUUCGCAGUAUCUGCAGCACCACCAGUAUCCAGUGCAAGAAUGGUUUGAUGAACUGUCAUGAAGGUGUUGUGAAGGUCACAGACUGCAGGGAGAUAGGAAAUUCCAGGGCCUCUACCUGCAGAUACCGGGCCAGGGCAAGGACCAGGCGAGUUGUCAUUGCCUGUGAGGGUGACCCUGAGGUGCCUGUGCAUUUUGAUGCAUAGAUCCCGUCCUGUAUUGGUUACAACCAGUGGUUAGCCUCUAAUUUACACCUAGAUGGCAAUGAGUGAUCCAUUUGAAGAGGCUCAGGCUCUGUCUCCUCUGCUUAUUUCUUGUGCUUCUUCUAUAUAACCCAUUCUGUUAAAUACGUUGUAUCCAAGAGAAAUGGAGACAUAAACCUAUGAAUCUCAGCUUUUCUACAGUAAGCUUCUUAUCAUACUGGUCAGCUCAGCUCACUCAGAUCUUAUACUCUGUAAUGAUGUGUAUUUUUACUACAUUUCAAGUGUUUUCACCUCAGCUAUUUUAAUAUCCCAGCAGCUCUUUAAUAAUGCUUUGUGUGUAGAAACUAGAAGUUAAAGAAUUUGCUGAGACUAUCAGGUUAGGGAAGAGAUGAGACAAAAGUCCAGCUGAACUACUUAUCAAGGUUUUCUGCUCCAUCACAAGAAGUGCUUUGAAAGUGUGUACUUUGUUUUACUCCCUUAAGUCAGCUGUUGCGGAAACCAUGAAAAAUUUGUGAAUAAUACUCUGACAAAAUGACAGUUCUGUUGCUGGCAUUGUUAUGUUCCUAUCUGGUAAGAUCAAGAAAUUAUAUCAGAAAUUUUCCUUUUUGCCCAAACUUUUCAAUCACCUGAGUAAGUCAAGGUAUUAAAAAUUUAUUAGCUUGUAGAGACUCAUUUACUCUCCCUGACUGAAAGAUAUUUCAUGUAUUCAUUAUAAUAAAGGACUUAUCUGCAGUAAUAUAAAA